AUUUCGUUGGUAUUUUUUCAAUGUGAUCGAUAGUUUCCAACAGGGAUGCAUGUAUUCUGGUCCAUCUCUACUGAAUACAAAAAAUAUUCAAUUUUUGUACUUGUUGUUGUUUUACAAUCCUCUCUACAUUUGUUUAUAAACAAUACCGGACCGGAGAUGUCGGCAUCCGCGGAGAGUAUGACAGCCGCUGCAUCGUUGGAUAAAUAUGGCGAAGAGGAUAUCUUCAGUCUGCUAAUCCGUUACGGACUAUAUGUGGGCGCUUUGUUUCAGUUCGUAUGCAUCUCGGCUGCAGUGUUGAUGGAGAAUAGCCCAGACAACCUGGAGUCUGGAGAAGUGACAGAACGAGAGGGCGAGCCGGUAAGGACAAGGCUGCACAAGAUUCGGAAGCUGGAAAAGAAGAAACGUCGAUAGAUCCAGAUCCCCAGUUAGCAUAAGUACGCUCGAAUGUAUUUAAUAGGCGAUAAAUAAAAGUAGUAGUUUAUAGUUCUUAAAUCAUAAAAAUCUAAGAAACUUGUCCUGGCAUAUUACAACUAUUAUAAAUAGAAGUGAAGAAAUACUGAA